AUGCUGAAAUUGAAUCUCAUUGUUAUUUCGGCGAUUAUAUUUGGCAUUAUCAUAGAAGAGACAGCUGCUGGUGACUGUAAUGGUGGCCGGUGUGGUUGUUACAAAGGUUACUGUUGGGCUUAUGUUAGCGAAGCACGUGUUCGAGCAGGUGACUGGUGGUGUUACACUCAAAGAGCAGGUGUAGCUGGAAAACGGUCCAUGUGGCAAGAGUGUUGCUCUGAUAGUGACUGUUUUUGGCAUCGAACAUGUGGCAAUUAUGUUCAAUACAAAGGUGAAGAAGAGGAGUAUCGGACUGUCUGUUAA